ACUAACAAAUUGAAUCUGGUCUUUAAAAUUUUUCCGACAUCUGAAGCCGGAUUCACUUUAUAAUUCAACUCAUCUCUCUCUCUCUCUCUCUCGUGUUUCAAACUGGUUUGACUUGCUGAAGACAUGGCCAAUAGCAAUUUACCUCGUAGAAUCAUCAAGGAAACACAACGGCUUCUCAGCGAGCCAGCUCCUGGAAUAAGUGCUUCGCCUUCGGAAGAAAACAUGAGAUAUUUCAAUGUCAUGAUACUUGGUCCCUCUCAAUCUCCUUAUGAAGGAGGGGUAUUCAAGUUGGAGCUCUUUCUGCCUGAAGAGUAUCCAAUGGCUGCACCAAAGGUUCGCUUUCUGACCAAAAUAUACCAUCCUAAUAUUGACAAGUUGGGACGGAUUUGCCUAGAUAUUCUUAAGGACAAGUGGAGUCCUGCCCUCCAAAUUCGCACAGUGUUGUUGAGUAUCCAAGCACUUCUUAGUGCUCCAAACCCAGAUGAUCCACUUUCUGAGAAUGUUGCUAAGCACUGGAAGACAAAUGAAGUUGAAGCCGUUGAAACGGCUAAAGAAUGGAGUCGAUUGUACGCAACCGGGGAGUGAAAAGGGGAUAUGCUAGUUGCAGUUAUCAGCUCUGCUAAUUUCCUGCUAAUUAAUAUAGCUGAAUGGUUUCAUUUAGUUAUUUGUUAAACUGUAAAAACAAUUGUACAAACCAUCGCGCGUUUCUUGUUCAAUAUAUAUUGUAUGAACUACAGACCUAAUUUCUUCAAGGCACCAUUCUCAAAGAUUGUUCAAUAUUUCAGAACUUUGAAAUUGAGCAAUAAAUUAGAAGCUUGAUGAUGACCAA